AUGGCAAACGCAGCGGAUAGUCAGCCUUUCUUCGAGCAACAUGCUCGCAAGAUCGGGAUGGAGCAGCAACUCCUGGACAAAUUCAUAGCUGGAGGGGUCAAGACGGUGUCCAUGGCAGCCUAUGCCGCCACUCAACCGGGUCAACCUCUCACAGAUAGGGAGGUCUCCACUCUAUGUACGAGUCUGGGGCAGAACAACCCCACUCUUGCACAGAUGACGGUCGUCAAGAGGCUCCUGUUCGAGUGCCAGACCAUGAGUUUGGCAAACUUGAAGGCCACCGUGGAACAGCAGCCGGACUCAGUUCUACGUAAGCUGCCAGGAGCUGAGAGAGCCCAGCGCCUGGAAUUGCAGGCUCAAAGGCUGGGCGGACUCUCGAUUGAGCAUGACUUGGAGCCCGCCUUUUCAGUCUAUGAUGCUGUGUCGACACAGGUGCACGAGAAAUGGCUUCAGAAGGCCUGUGCUACCUUGCAGACCCCACCGCCCCCAGGCUUCAACCGUCCGACGCUGCAGCAGGUCCUGCGAGCAGAUCGGGCCUUGUGGAUGGAGCUUGGCAGCAAACAGCCGACCCUGACAAGGGCAGCGGCGAACGCGCCGCUCGCGGACGCCCGGUGCUUAGAUCAAGUCUUUUUGGAAGCCACCAACACGGUUGCAGUCAAUUUUCACUUCAUGCCGACACCUCGUGCGGAAGGGUUCACAGAUAGAGGCGGCAAAGGCGCGGGCAAGGGCCCCAAGCGCUGGGGCGAUGGAAAAGGGUAUGGACAAUGGAAAUAUCAGAGGACCGACAAAGGAGACAAGGGCCAGGGAGGCAAAUCAGGUUUCAAGGGAGCCCGCCUCCCCACAAAGGGCAAAUUUGACAGUGGCAAGGGAGGCUUUCCGAAUAAGUCCCUUGUCUUGCAAGGAGGCAAGGGGGAGACCCCCAUGCCGGCCGCCUUGCGAGGCGGAGUGCCGAACGACGAGCACGGAGAUCCUCUUUGUUUUGGCUUCAACCUAGGACAGUUAACAAACAUUUCACUUUUCAUGCCCGACUGUAUAUAG